AUGGAGUCAAACUCAGCACGCAGCUUUAGAUGUAUAAAGUCAAUUCAAAACAGAAGUGGCAUCAAAGCAAAAGUCAUUCUUCUAGUUGGUAGACUAGGCGCAGGGAAAUCUUCACUGACCGAAGUUAUCACGGGAGCCGAGGGGCUGUCAAGUGGUGGAAUCCAUUCAUCGACCGAUCACUGUCAAAUUUUUGAUGCAAAUAUUAACGGCGAGGAAUACUUCAUUGUUGAUACACCUGGCUUCGAGCCUUACAAUAAAGGGGAAAUAUUCCGUCAAAUAACGGGGAUGUUACAACAACUACAUCAAAACUCCAUUUUCGGUAUUUGGUACUUGAUCAACAACUUGACCAGACAAGAUGGGUUUGACCAGGAGAUGGUAGCCUGGUUAAUAGCUUUUUGUGGGCAGUCGUUUUGCCCAAAUGUGACAAUUGUGACCACCUUUUGGACAGGGGAAGGUGGCAUGCUUCGGAAUCAGAAUCAAAACCUCCAACAGCGACUAGAUGAAGAAUGGGCCCAACUGCAGGCAUGUGGCGCUCGACAUCAUGCCUUUGGGAAAUAUUAUGUCAAUGGCAUUCCGCAGGAGAGCACUAUAUCUCUAUUCGACCCAGCUGGAAAAGAAGAGCUAAAGCAGCAAGCCGGAAGCAUGGUUACACGUUACUGCCAUAGUGAAUCGACACCAUACCCCCAGAUACUUCGGGAGCUCUGUGAGCCACGACCACUGCACAGGACCAGUGCUGGAAGGGUAUUCCCCCCUCAAAAUCAACAGGCGCCGAGGAGUGCUUCACCCGAGGAAAGAGAAGCACCAAGAGAAGCCUCGGAUGCCGAGCCACGUGUACCAAGGCAAGAAAGGGCGGAAGCUUCAGUAUGGUCCCUCUUCCCGGAGGUAUUGGGACAUGCACUUGGAAAAUUAUUGGACGUAGCAGUUGCAGACGCGACAGAUCACCUUAGAAGAAGACCCAUAGAUCCGAUUAGAGGAGGAAUAGGAGGGAUUCCUCCAACUCGAGCUCUACAUGAAAGUGGAAUCUUCCAACAAUCAGCUUUAGAAAGGGGCAUGCAAGAAAGCGAUCUUGGUCCACUGUCUUCAAACCAUACAGCCAGGCACUAUAAUGGUCCCAGGGACUUCAAUUUCGAUCCACUUUCUUCAUGUGAUACAGCCAAGCUCUAUAAUCGUCCCGGUGACUUCAAUUCUCGAGAAGAAUACUAUAAUUCAUGGGGUUUGAAUGCCCGCUACGGGGAAUUCAAAGGCACUGCAGAGCAAAAUGAUACUCUUCGCGAAGAGAUGCACAAGAGAUGGCACAAAUGA